CCUGUGGGAGAAAAAAAAGUCUUUAAAACUCUGAAAUGCUCGAGCCCAUCCCUUGUUUAGAACAACAACAGUUCAAUGUAUAAAAUACAAAUGUAACAUAAGCAACACAGAGAAAGAGAUAAAUACACACACUCACAAAACACAUCAACGCACAAUUCUCUGAAACUCAAUGGUCCAAAUGGUCAGUGGUCAUUAGUAAUAUUACUCGAGAUUGGCAAAUAAUUCUUCACAAUUUUGAAUCUAAAUUUAGAGACCCAAUCUUUAAUAUCAAUAAUGAUGUUUCAUAAUUUCACUUUACACGAAAUGACUUUAAAUUAAAUGACUAGCAGCCUUGUUGUGUAGUACACUGGUUAAAAAGCGAAUUGCUAGUAAAAAAAAAAAAAAAAGAAAAGAAAAAAAGCAACAAGCAACUAUAGUUUCAAACAAAAAUACCCUUUUUCACAAGCCUUUAUUUAGCCUAUCAAAUUACAUCACUGUCCUAAUGUUAUAAAUAAAUGCAAUACUUGUACCUUGUAGUUCCCUGUAAAAUUCUAUAGAAGGCUAUACCCUUAUAUGGCAUAAUGUUAGCAAGAGCUUGCGCGAGACAAAGUUAAUCAAUUUAAAGUUAACCCAAGAAGUGUUUAUGGGUUUCAUGGGGAAAAAAACAGGGCCAUGUUUUCACCGACUUCCAAUGAGUGCCAUCUCCCACAUAGUAACCACUUUUCUUGAUGACUCCAGAACCCAAACGUGCUGUUUAACAACACAACAACAUUAACGUGUCCUUUCAUUUAUCAAAUUAUGCAAUAUGAAAGAAACUACUUAUUCAUCGAUAGCAAACUACUGCUCCUUGAAAGUUUAUGUCUGAGGGUAUGUAAAUCUGAAAAUGCCAGGUCACUUUAAGUCUGUUUAUGAUCGAGAGAGACGGGCAAAUAUUUCUAAUGGAGCCUUUUCCAGCCUCUCGUUUUACCAGGAUUUGAUCUGCGUAGAUUAAGAAAUGUGUUGUGGGGGCAUGAGGCUGUCAGACCUUUUGGCAAGUAAGAUUGAUCACGCGCAUGCUUCUAGAACUCUUUGUUUAGUAUAUAAGCACUGAAUACAAACGACAAACUAUUUUCCCUUAGUUUAAACAAAAUCCACAUAUUUCCGCAUAAUCUAACGCGAAUUGCCUUGAGAUCGGGCUGCAUAAUCUGCAAACCGGCAAAAACAACAACAACAACAACAAAACAUAAAUAAAAAUCUUUAAAUGUUUGUAGACAGUCCCCUCCCGGUCUAGAAUAAAACAAAACGUAACAAAAUAAAUUUGUGUUUAAUCUUAAUCCAAAAGAUCUAUAUUGAACGUCAGUAGUUUUGUUUCAGAAAAUUACUUCACUUAGGCUAUGUUUACAUUUUACAUGCAUUGAUUUAUCCAAAGCGAUUUACCAACUGAAACAUCAUGGAGCAAUUUGCCACAGAGCCAACAAAAUAGAUUUCACAAUGCCAGGUAGAAUUAGGAAACAAGGUAGAGUACAGGUAAAGUGUUAUGUGAUAUUAACAAGCUAGAGCAGAGGUAAGGUUUUAUGUGAUAUUACGGUGUUUAGUAGCCUACUUACUCUAAUCCUCACUGUUCAAACAUAGCGGGUAUGGACAAAGCUUCCAGUUGAAAACAUCUGGUAUCAGGAAGCGUUUUAGCCUACUUCAAAUAUUUACUGAGAACGACGCAGAUCCCCAUCGAAGAGAGAGCGAGCGAGAGUGUAUCCUUCAUAGUUAAAUAUACAGACUUUGAAUUUGCAUUUUAUCUUGCGCGUUAUUUUGUAAAUAAUUUUUAUAGGGCUUGAUAGAAUAAUAACAUAUUUUAAUGUCUAUUUCAUUUCUACUAUCGUUGAUGACCUUAUAAAAUGUUCUGUAAGUGGGUUUGUUUUAUGGAGCUGUAUGUUUUUGUCUAACCAGUCUAUCUUAAGAAUCGAUAGGUGGAACGUUACGUAAAUAGAUUUGCGUGUGGGGGAGGGGAUAUGUGAUUUCAUUGUAUUUAUGUGCCAUAUUAAUUGUACUAUUAGCUUGACUGAAACAGCUGUCUUUUCAGGCCAAAUGAGGUAGAUUUAAAAAUAAAUAAAUAAAUACCUUCAGCUGCUACUGUAAGUAGCAGGAGUAACUUAUUUGACAAAUGUACUGGAUGAAGACUGAUUCUCUCACAUUAUUUAUGAAACCAAUAUACAGAAAGAAUGCAGGUGCCUGUGCAGCAGCGUCAAAAGGGAGGUUCUAAUUAUAAUAUGCAUGUUUUGGGAUUGACUAUGAAGCUUCGGGGCCACACAAUGACACAGAUGUACAUAACAGCAGCGACUUCCCUUUUAAGAGAGGAGUUGCUCGAGGAAGUUCCACGGAUCGAUCUGUCAAGCUGGAUCCUUUUGAAUAAACCCCAAAUUUCCAUUGGGUAGAGGUAAUCAUGUGACAUGAUUUUUCGGUCCAAUUUCAAACGAGUCUCCUUUUAAAUGCAAUAUUGUCGAUAUAAGCGGUCCACAUACGGGCAUAAUUAGUUAUUACAAAAUUAUUUUAAUGUAUUUUUUCUCCACAUAGCCUAUUUUAAUAGAGAGCGAAAACUCAUAGACUUCAACAAAGCCAAACAUUCCAUGCCGCGCUCUCGGGGCGUAUGGCAACAGUUUUGCAAUGAAUUACGAGUUUGAGCAUGAGACGGGUUUCAUCAAUAGUCGGCCAUCUCUCGCGGAGUGCCUUACUUGUUUCCCCCCUGUUGACGACUUAUUUCAGAAGUCAUCAAUCAAAAGCUCAGCGCUCACGAACCCUCACCCUCUUAUCCUACCUCCUUUCGAGCACACCAUCCCAAGCUUGAGUCUCUGGACUCAGUCACGCCUUGCAGGGCCCCGGCACAGCUUAGAUGAGGGAAGCCCACUACACGCCAAUUCUCUGACCCCGGAAUACCCGUGGAUGCGCGAAAAGAAGACCAAGAUAAACUGUCCUCUUAUACAAACCAGCGCCCUGACUCCUACAGCGAGAGUCAUCUACUUCUCUCCAAAAGGCUCACCCGAGCUUCCCGAGGGCGGUUUGUCUAGCAGAGAAGGAGGUUCACGCCGCCUGAGAACAGCAUACACAAACACACAGCUUUCAGAGCUGGAGAAGGAGUUCCACUACAACAAAUACCUUUGCCGACCACGCCGUGUAUAAAUAGCCGCGCUUCUCGACCUUACAGAACGCCAGGUCAAAGUGUGGUUCCAGAACCGACGGAUGAAGCAUAUACGCCAGACCCAGAUUAACGACAUCCAGGGGGAGCUAAGCAAGACAACUGUCGGCGUGGAUAAUGGUGCACAGAGCGACGAGGACGCUUCGAUUUGUGGCCCGAGUCUUGGUAGAUUAAGGGUUGUAGAUAGAGAGUCGAACUCUUUUCAGAACGACCUGUCAACAGUCUUUGGGCAGUCCUGUAAUGAUAACGACAUGCAAACUUUUGAAAUGUUUUCUAACAGCUUUAUGCAAAGAAUUCUAAAAUAUGUUUCCAGUCAAUCACCUACUGCUCUGGGCAAGGGGACAAUAAUAUGCAAUAUUAACCGUUGUGCCAUUCCGGACAACUGCGGUUCCCCGCUUGUUAAGGACAUGUCUGUGCAGGAUUUAAACUUUUUUUCGACCGACUCAUGUCUGUCUGAUGCAGCUUCGCCAGCACCGUAUACGUCUCUGGAAAUCCCAGAUAAUGUUUCAACAGACUUUUAUUUCUUUAAAGAUUCUCUGACUACAGCUGAUUUACAAAAUGCAAACUGCUGAUUAUCAAAGUGGACCAGUGACCAAAUGGAAGAAUAAACCAGGAGGUUUAAAUGUUUUUUUUUUUUUUUUUUUUUUUGCAAGAUGGGUGUAAUUGACGCGAUUAUGAUAACAUAUCGAACGAAGGUAAGCUAUAAGCCCUGUGCGCUGUAUUUAGUUAUACAUAACGCAUAGGCCAAACGCAUUCAUA